AUGGCCGCUGCAGCUGCAGCUGCGAGGUUCAUCCAACCUCCUUCUCCCCCUCAGUCGACAGAUGGCGAUCCCGCUUCUGAACAGUGCGGCAUGCUCAACUCGCUGUAUUGCUCCCAGAGCACCUUUGUCACAUCUAGCUUACCCUGCAGCGCUGAAGCUUCCUACAACGAGCUUAAGCCACAAGCGAUGACCUAUGGCCCUUCGUCGUCACCGCGAUAUGUCUCCCAACACGAGUACUCGACACCUCUACUACUUCAGCAUUCGACGCUACCCUCAGGUAUUCAGAUCGAUACUCCGCCUCCUGCCGCGGACGAUGGAGUUGUUCCUAGCAGAUUAGAAGCGACUCCUCCUCGCUGGCCAUCCGCCUUGAAGCUUUCCCCAGGGAAAGUAAGAGUGGCUAAACCCCCCAGAAUUAGGCGCAGAGCCAAGAAGGCGAGCAAUCGGGAAUCGAAACCUAAGAUACCUGGUCCCUUAAGUGAAGUUACCAAGCAUAUGACACAUGUUCCCCUCAGAGACAUGGACAGCUGGGUUCAUCGGCCCAAGGAGGUGCGCCACGCGGAGGUUGCCAAAAAGAAUGGCAAAGUCGCCAGACCCAUGAACUCGUUCAUGCUCUACCGGUCUGCAUACGCCGAGCGGACAAAGGAGUGGUUUGCACAGAAUAACCACCAAGUCGUUUCAGAGGUCGCAGGCGACAGCUGGCGCAUCGAAACGCCAGAGAUCCGCGAGAAGUACGAGUUUCUAGCGAACGUCGAAAAGGCCAAUCAUCUCAAAGCCCAUCCAGGGUACAAGUUCUCUCCGUCGAAGGAAAAGAAGAAACGAUCUGAAACGGAUGACGACCAGCUGACCGUAGAUGGUGGCGAGAUGACCUCUGGAUCUAGCCCGGCGUUCCUCCAAGUUCGUGCCAUGGGCCCGUCCGAGGUCGAGAGCAAUGGCUGGGGCAGCCGCGACUCAACACCCUUCGACUUUCCCGAGCAUGGGCUGCCCACCACAACAUAUUAUGGUUCAUCGUGGCAGACCAGUCAUCCCAGCAAAGACAUGCUGUCAGCUCCCAAGCCCUCUUCAUACCUCCAGCAGUCAAUGCAUCAGAACCUGAUGGGCCCGCCUGCUGAAGAUCCUCGAUUCAAGCAUGCUGGACUCCAGGAUAUCCAGUUCACCUCGUCGACGGCGCUGGCUGGGCUGCCUGGAGCCGCCCACCACGACCUUCUUCAGCCCCAGAACACCCCUGGAACUGGACCCGAUGGUCAGCUGGAUCCUCAGUUGCUGUCAUUGAGCGACCACUCGAGUCAGCAUCCGAUGUACAACCACUCACACUAUGCAAUCUGGCAAGAAAUCCCGACGAGCAACUGCUAUGUCCCUGUUCCCUCGCCGCUGCCAUCCACAUACCAUGUCGGCGCCACCUAUCAUCAAAGCAUGCAGACUCUAGGGGAUAGCCGCGAUACUUGGGAUUCUGCCAACAACGAGACCAGUUUUGAUGCUUCCAAUGGCGAAUUCGAACACUGGAUCAACUCUCAGGCAUCUGGAUAUCCCUAA